AUGUCGUCGCCUCCUGACGGAUGUCGUUUUCUCAACUUUGCGGCCGCUUUAAUCGCAUUUGUCAAAAACGAAGACGGCGCGAAAGCGCUUGCGCUCUUGAUGGCAGCACCGGUAUCGGAUAUUGAACAGAGAGUGCCAAGCUCGGCACACCUGACGAUGAUUCUCGAAGCUCUUGUCAAAUAUCUGCCUCAGAACAGGAACGAAGACCUUGCGUCACGAUACUCAGCAGCCGCGCGGCACCAGUCCGAUCCCGAAGCCGUGGACACUGCUUCUUGGAUCCGUGGUUGGGUCGUGCGAAACCACAACAACACUCACGACAUCAUUCAAGACGACAUAUCUGCGCUUCGUCGUCAAAUUGGGGCAUUUCUACAUUGGUGCCUGAGACCCGAGUAA